ACUUCCUUCGCUAAAGACAGACUGCACAGCUCCAUUCGUGUCGACUGUCCAGAGUCCACGAGUACAGCUUUGCUCAUCCCACCACCGUCAGUUCAAGUGACACGGCUCACGCCAGUCAGAGAUUGCUGUGAGCCCUAAUAACAAUGUAGUCAACAUCUAUGAGAAGAAAGCCAAGGACUGGGUGAAGAUUCAUGAGCUCACAGAGCACAGUGGACGCAUCACAGGAAUUGACUGGGCCCCAGAGUCCAACCGUAUUGUGACAUGUGCAUCUGAUCGCAAUGCCUAUGUGUGGACUCUCAAAGAUAGUGUGUGGAAGCCCACCCUGGUCAUUCUACGCAUCAACCGUGCUGCCACAUGUGUGAAAUGGUCCCCGCUGGAGAACAAGUUUGCUCUGGGCAGCGGAGCUCGACUUAUCUCUGUCUGCUACUUUGAGAAAGAGAAUGACUGGUGGCUGAGCAAGCAUAUCAAGAAGCCCAUUCGCUCCACAGUUCUGAGCCUAGACUGGCAUCCCAACAAUGUCCUCCUGGCAGCUGGGUCUGCAGACCUUUAUUGCAGGGUUUUCUCAGCCUACAUUAAGGACAUUGAGGAGAAGCCUGGACCCACACCCUGGGGAGCCAAGAUGCCUUUUGGGGAGGUGAUGCUGGAACAUAAGGACUGUGGUGGGUGGGUGCACAGUGUUUCCUUCUCCCCCAAUGGAGACCAGCUGGCCUGGGUGUCUCACAACAGCAGCAUCACUGUAGUUGAUGCAGCUCAGGGGAAAGAGGUGACCCAGCUGACUACUGAGUGCCUGCCUCUGCUGAGUGUCAUCUUUGUCUGCCCCACUGAGAUUGUUGCUGCGGGUCAUGACUGUUGCCCAUAUCAGUUUACUUAUAAGGGUCCAGGUGCCCUGGAAUUUGUCAAGAAGCUGGAUAUUCCCAAGCAGACGUCUAAGGGCAGCAUGUCAGCAAUGCAACACUUCCGCAACCUGGACAAAAAGGCCACAGAGGAGGACAACAAUGAGUUGGACACCCUUCAUCAGAACAGCAUCACGCAGCUGUGUGUGGUGUCAGGGGAAAAAAACAAAGUGGAGAAGUUCAGCAGUGUUGGUCUUGAUGGAGCUAUGGUGAUCUGGAACUUUAAGAUUUAAGUCCCCAGUGGGUGUCAAUUCUGGAGGUUCAAUUGGAUCAAAAACACUUUAUGUAACUUGAUCAUUUGGCAGUUUUUUGUAUGUUU